AUGACAUCAUCAGCAUAUGCCCCUAAGAUAAACACAACCAGGAAACUCAUCAUCACUACCUCCAGCAACCAGAAUAAUUACUCUCAGGUUAAUGUUCCUAAAACCUGCUGUACUUUUUGUAAGAAGUGUGGCAAGCACCAAUCUCACAAAGCAACACAGUACAAGAAGGGCAAGGAUUCUCUGUAUGCCCAGGGAAAGCGUCGUUAUGACAGGAAGCAGAGUGGCUAUGACGGUCAGACUAAGCCAAUUUUCCAGAAAAAAGCUAAGACUACAAAGAAUAUUGUGCUAAGACUUCAAUGUGUUGAGCCCAACUGUAGAUCUAAGAUAAUACUAGCUAUUAAGAGAUGCAAACAUUUUGAAUUGGGUGGAGAUAAAAAGAGAAAGGGGCAAGUGAUCCAGUUUUAAGCUCCAAGUUUUGUUAUGAAGACAAUAAAAUUGUGAGGUCAAAUUCAAAAAACAAAAAAGAAAAUUUCCCAGUGAACAGCAUACGCAGUAGUUAAAGAAAGACAGCUAUUUCCCUAAAAACCACGUAUACAGAA